AUGACGAGUGUUAUGGACGAGCCCGAGCGCCGUCGGAGAAGACCAGCCGUGCGGAGAAAGAUAAAAUGCAAUCGCGAGAAGCCUUGCAACAAUUGUCUUAAGUCCGACCCUCGCAAUUGCAUCUAUGAGACGCAGUCUUCUCAGCCCACACGGCCACGUGUAGCAAGACCAAGUGAGAACGGAGGGUGUCAUUUGCAAGGAUCUUCCAGUACAGGCAAGUCUUUGGAGAUCCAGAACUUUCCUUCAAGUUCGCAAGGCGAUGCCUCGUCAAAGGCAACGGCGGGCGGCGGUGUGCCGCCAGCAUGGUAUGUCGACUCAAUCAAGGGUAAAACGUCUCAGCUCGAAAGACAAUUAUCCCAAGCUGGCACAACACCAGCCCCACAGUCUGCCACUCCUUCAGCAUCAACUAUUGAAGCGAAUAGCUCGAGCCUUGGUGGUACCUGGUUCGUCCUUCGGGAACAAGGGGUCAGACCUAUUGUCCGCAGCGUUACCCACAAGACGCGCCAUUUCGGACAAAGCCAUUGGAUCAACAACGUGACUUUGUUGAAAGACCUAAUGGUACUCAUAGAACCGCUCUUGCGUGAAGGAACGUAUCCUGUAUUGCCAAACCUUCAAAAGGCCAAGUCUUUGUCAAAGGCCAUCAAAGCCAACUGGAGGCCGGCUUGGCCAACAAGUAUAACAUCUGAAUUACCAUCCAAAGAACUUUCCGACGUCUUGGUCGACCGUUACCUUCGUACACUAGAAAGUGUUCACCGAAUCGUUCAUGUGCCGUCAUUCAAGAGAGACUAUGGAGCUCUUUGGGUUUCGGAGGAUAAGCCUGACCCCUCCUUUCUGGUUCUGUUGAAGUUGAUACUCGCUAUCGGUGCUGCCACCUACGAUGAUCACUUUUCAUUGAGGAUAUCAGCUACCCGCUGGGUAUACGAGGCGCAGACCUGGAUAGCGCAACCAAACACAAAACACCAAUUAACUCUUCAGGGGCUCCAAGUACAUAUAUUACUGCUAUUUGCCCGCGAAAUAGUGGACGUUAGUGGUGAUUCGGUAUAUAUCGCCACGGGCGACCUGUUCAGGAGAGCGAUUGUUAUGGGAUUGAACAGAGAUCCGGUACACUUGCCGCACAAAUCGCAUUUGGUUGCGGAAAUGCGUCGUAGGAUCUGGAAUACAGUAUUGGAGCUGUGCAUACAGUCGAGCUUGACUUCCGGAGGGCCACCUCUCUUCUCAUUCGAUGACUUCGAUACAGAGCCACCUAGCAACCUCGACGAUGACCAGCUUGGGGGGACUGACGAGCCGAUUCCGAAACCGCUUGCCCAAUUCACAGAGGUUUCUCUCGCACUAUCACUACGCAAAAUUCUGCCGAUUCGACUUGCAAUCACUAAAUCUCUGAAUAAUCUUCGUUCAGCAUGUACUUAUGAAGAGACGUUACAGCUUGAUGCGGAGCUUCGAAAGGGUUACAAAGACAUCACUCGCGUUCUCCAGUCAUUUAGGUCUCGCCUUGAACCAGGUACCUCGGGAUUUGGGUUCCAAGCUGUUGACUUUGUGAUGCAAAGAUAUAUGGCAGCACUACACAUACCAUUCUUCGGACCAUCUCUCGAACAGGCUGCCUUCGCCUUUUCCCGCAAGGUUGUCAUCGAUGCCUCACUCAAGAUCUGGUACCUUGUGCGUCCCACCCUACAAGGACUCAAUGGGAGUCAUAUCAACGGUACGAAUCCGUCAAACUCGGAGGAUUUCUCACGUAUCGCAGCCUGCGGAGCGGGCAUGUUCCGCCUAGCUGCCACCCAGGCCGGCAUUCUCAUUGCAGCCGAGCUGAAGACGCAACUGCAGGAGAACGAUAGUCUCGGUCCCGCGCCGGUACGGCCGGAUCUACUUGCCGUACUGCGCGAUGCACAGUCUUGGAGUUUGCACUGCAUAAAGAGCGGGGAAUGCAACAUUAAAGGUUAUCUCAUGUCAUGCAUGAUCAUGGCUUUAGUCGACGGCCUCAUACGAAAUGCUAGCUCUGAGGAGCUUCCGCACCUUCUUAUCAAAGCUGCGGUCAAAUCUCAGGAUACAACCAUACCUAUUCUUGAGCAGUUCGCUCGCCAAAGCCAAUCCGAGGGAACGGCGGAGGUGCACCACGUGUCCUAUAGUACGCCGUCUGAUGCAGAUUGGGAUUUGAUAAUGGCCGAUACUCUUUUGAACGGAGGAAAUACGGACUCGAUAAAUUGGAUGAUUGAUGAUGGUGCUAUACCAGGCGCAUCUUUCUGGUGA